AUGUCCGCGUUGUUCGACGCCCUAAAGUCAACCCUGGGGAUCGGAUACGACGAGAAGAAGACGAAGACCUUGCUCAGGCUGUGCGCGGGACGGUUGAAGCUCAUCAAGAACAAACGAACGAGCGCGCGAAUGACGCUCGAGCGCGAGGUCGUGGACGUACUGGAGCGUAAUAAUGGUCGAGCAUCGCGCGAUACGGCGUCGGUCAGGGCGGAGAGCGUGUGCAGGGAGGAGCGAGCGCUCCGGGCGUACGAGAUCUUGGAGUUGGCGCUCGAGACGCUCCUGGCGCGCCUGCACGUGGUGGCGACCUCGAGCGCGGUUCCGGACGAACUGCGAGAGCCGAUCGCGACGAUUAUUUUCGCGAGUAAAAAGGCAAAGGCGGAGCUCCCGGAGUUGGAUGGGUUGAAAAAACAGUUGGGACGGCGGUACGGGCGCGAGUACGUCGCCGCGUGCGAAGGUGACUCCACCGCGCGCGCGUGCGGGGCGCACGUGGUCGUCAUGGAGUGUCUUAAAGUGCGAACGGUGGAUAGUGAAACGGUGGAGAGGAAGUUGGAGGAGAUCGCGAGGGAUCACGGGGUCGAAUUGGAGCCUGCGAUGCCGACGGCGAUUCCAGUCUCGUCGGUUCCGGCGGUGGCGAUGGAAACAAAGGAAUCCGUGGAGGCGAUGACUUCUUCGUACGAGUACGGCACUGCUCAGGAGGCGGCGCACGCGGCGGAGGCCGCGGCGAAGCGCGCGCAACACGCCUCCGAGGCUGCGGCCGCUUUGGCUGGUUUGGAAGCGACAUCGUCGUCCACGCGCGAUAUGAAGGACGCGAGCGACGCCGACAUCGACGCCGUCAUCGGUGAGGUCCUGGCGAUGUCUGACGAACUUCCCGAUCCGAGCGCCUCGGCGCCACCGCCGGGCGUCGGCGGAGCGCCUAACGCUCACACCAAGUUCGACAACCCGAAGUCGUACCCAAAACCAAAGUCAUCGAGCCCUUUGGACGAUCAAGACGACACCGACGAUCUCGCCCAGCGCCUCGCCGCGCUCAAAAAGUCGUAA